CACAGAGGUUUUGGUUUUUGUCAAUUUCUUUUCUUUUUAACUUGCUUCCAAUUUAGCUAUGAAACAAAGAAGGAAAAAAAUAUAUAUAUAUUUUCAAACUUGGAUAUAAAAACCAAUCUUGCAUUGAUAACUUCAUCCUUCAAACUUCCCUUUUUAUAUUGAGUUCUCAAUGGUACCCUUGGUGGAAAGGCUUAGCAAAUUAUGCUUCAAGCUGGAGAAUCUUCAUGACCACCGGCUACCUGAAGCCUUAUCAGCUUCUUUGCAGGCUUUUCGAUAUGAUGUUUCUAGUUGUAUAACCCACCAGUUGUUAUUGAAUUCGAAUCCUGCUGGAUUGGAUACCCUCUCCCUAGAAUGGAUACAUAAAUGUUUUCAGGUGCUGCCCAUGAUCAACAAAGCAUUUGCAAAGCUAGUUGUGGAGAUUGAUUACCAUGCAAGCAAAUGGGAGGCUAAGACCAUGGAAGAAUAUCUCAACUAUAGUUUAGACUUGUUGGAUCUUCUCAACUACUUUAGUUCUGCUCUUUCUCAUCUGGGACUAGCUCGGCUUUCUUUAUCUCAUGCUUUGAGCCUUGUGAAGAGUUCACCUUCCUCGGCGAUGGAGCGUCUGAAGAUGAUAGAGUUCAAGAGUUUGAGAAAAGAGUUCAAGGAUCAAGAGAACAAAGAAGAUGAGAAAAAAAGAUCUAGCUCAGACAAGGAAUGGGUUAUCCUUCAAGCUUUGCUGGAGUUAAGGAGUACAGGAUUCUGGGUAUGCAGUAUUGUUUUGGCUGGUUUGUGUGGUGAUGAUAGGGCUUACUUGAAGAUGAGAAGAGCUGCUGGGGCAUUAUCAAACCCUGCUUUGAUCAAUUUGGAUUCAAUUAUAUGUGGAGUUGUAACGGAGAAAGGAUGUGUGCUGAAGGAGGUUAGAGAGUUGAAAGAUUCAGCUGAUUGCCUCGCAGCCGCCAUAGCCAGCAAAAACGGCAGUGAUGCAGCAGAGGAGAUGCAGAGAAAAUUGCAGGAGUUUGAGAAGUUGCUGGAUGGAUUAAGCAAGGAGGUGAAUUGUCUGUUCUCUGAGUUAUUGGCUGGAAGAAAAGAAUUGCUUAAUGGUAUUCGGAUUCAGAAACCAUAAAAACAAAUCAUAGAUUUCUAGUUUUGAUUUGUUUUUAAACUCUGUAUAUAGAUUGUAUACUUUUGCAUAGUUUUUUCAUUAAUGAGCUUCAAAUUGGUGAAA